AUGUCUUCUCCUUGUCUUCUCCCCCUCACAAUCCCCCAGAGCAGCGGCGCCUCCUCCUCACAACCCCUCAGAGCAGCGGCGCCUCUCCCUCACAGCCCCCCAGAACAGCGGCGCCUCUCCCUCACAGCCCCCCAGAGCAGCGGCGCCUCUCCCUCACAGCCCCCCAGAGCAGCGGCGCCUCUCCCUCACAGCCCCCCAGAGCAGCGGCGCCUCUCCCUCACAGCCCCCCAGAGCAGUGGCGCCUCUCCCUCACAGUCCCCCAGAGCAGGGGCGCCUCUCCCUCACACCCCCCCAGAGCAUCGGCGCCUCUCCCUCACAGCCCCCCAGAGCAGCGGCGCCUCUCCCUCACAGCUCCCCAGAGCAGCGGCGCCUCUCCCUCACAGCCCCCCAGAACAGCGGCGCCUCUCCCUCACAGCCCCCCAGAGCAGCGGCGCCUCUCCCUCACAGCCCCCCAGAGCAGCGGCGCCUCUCCCUCACAGCUCCCCAGAGCAGCGGCGCCUCUCCCUCACAGCCCCCCAGAGCAGCGGCGCCUCUCCCUCACAGGCCCCUAGAGCAGCGGCGCCUCUCCCUCACAGCCCCCCAGAGCAGGGACGCCUCUCCCUCACGGCCCCCCAGAGCAGGGGCGCCUCUCCCUCACAACCCCCCAGAGCAGCGGCGCCUCUCCCUCACAGUCCCCCAGAGCAGCGGCGCCUCUCCCUCACAGCCCCCCAGAGCAGUGGCGCCUCUCCCUCACAGCUCCCCAGAGCAGCGGCGCCUUUCCCUUACAGCCCCCCAGAGCAGCGGCGCCUCUCCCUCACAGCCCCCCAGAACAGCGGCGCCUCUCCCUCACAGCCCCCCAGAGCAGCGGCGCCUCUCCCUCACAGCUCCCCAGAGCAGGGGCGCCUCUCCCUCACACCCUUCCAGAGCAGCGGCGCCUCUCCCUCACAGCCCCCCAGAGCAGCGGCGCCUCUCCCUCACAGUCCCCCAGAGCAGCGGCGCCUCUCCCUCACAGCCCCCCAGAGCAGCGGCGCCUCUCCCUCACAGCUCCCCAGAGCAGCGGCGCCUCUCCCUCACAGCCCCCCAGAACAGCGGCGCCUCUCCCUCACACCCCCCCAGAGCAGCGGCGCCUCUCCCUCACAGCCCCCCAGAGCAGCGGCGCCUCUCCCUCACAGCUCCCCAGAGCAGCGGCGCCUCUCCCUCACAGCCCCCCAGAGCAGCGGCGCCUCUCCCUCACAGGCCCCUAGAGCAGCGGCGCCUCUCCCUCACAGCUCCCAGAGCAUCGGCGCCUCUCCCUCACAGCCCCCCAGAGCAGCGGCGCCUCUCCCUCAAAGCCCCCCAGAGCAGUGGCGCCUCUCCCUCACAGCCCCCCAGAGCAGGGACGCCUCUCCCUCACAGCCCCCCAGAGCAGGGGCGCCUCUCCCUCACACCCCCCCAGAGCAGCGGCGCCUCUCCCUCACAGUCCCCCAGAGCAGCGGCGCCUCUCCCUCACAGCCCCCCAGAGCAGCGGCGCCUCUCCCUCACAGCCGCGCACAGCAGCGGCGCCUCUCCCUCACAGCCCACGAGAGCAGCGGCGCCUCUCCCUCACAGCCGCGCACAGCAGGGGCGCCUCUCCCUCACAGUCCCCCAGAGCAGGGGCGCCUCUCCCUCACACCCCCCCAGAGCAUCGGCGCCUCUCCCUCACAGCCCCCCAGAGCAGCGGCGCCUCUCUCAAAAGCCCCCAGAGCAGUGGCGCCUCUCCCUCACAGCCCCCCAGAGCGGGGACGCCUCUCCCUCACAUCUCCCCAGAGCAGGGGCGCCUCUCCCUCACACCCCCCCAGAGCAGCGGCGCCUCUCCCUCACAGUCCCCCAGAGCAGCGGCGCCUCUCCCUCACAGCCCCCCAGAGCAGCGGCGCCUCUCCCUCACAGCUCCCCAGAGCAGGGGCGCCUCUCCCUCACACCCUUCCAGAGCAGCGGCGCCUCUCCCUCACAGCCCCCCAGAGCAGCGGCGCCUCUCCCUCACAGCUCCCAGAGUAUCGGCGCCUCUCCCUCACAGCCCCCCAGAGCAGCGGCGCCUCUCCCUCACAGCUCCCCAGAGCAGGGGCGCCUCUCCCUCACACCCUUCCAGAGCAGCGGCGCCUCUCCCUCACACCCUUCCAGAGCAGCGGCGCCUCUCCCUCACAGCCCCCCAGAGCAGCGGCGCCUCUCCCUCACAGCCCCCCCGAACAGCGGCGCCUCUCCCUCACAUCCCCCCAGAGCAGCGGCGCCUCUCCCUCACAGCCCCCCAGAGCAGCGGUGCCUCUCCCUCACAGCUCCCCAGAGCAGCGGCGCCUCUCCCUCACAGCCCCCCAGAGCAGCGGCGCCUCUCCCUCACAGGCCGCUAGAGCAGCGGCGCCUCUCCCUCACAGCUCCCAGAGCAUCGGCGCCUCUCCCUCACAGCCCCCCAGAGCAGCGGCGCCUCUCCCUCACAGCUCCCCAGAGCAGCGGCGCCUCUCCCUCACAGUCCCCCAGAGCAGCGGCGCCUCUCCCUCACAGCCCCCCAGAGCAGCGGCGCCUCUCCCUCACAGCUCCCCAGAGCAGCGGCGCCUCUCCCUCACAGCCCCCCAGAACAGCGGCGCCUCUCCCUCACACCCCCCCAGAGCAGCGGCGCCUCUCCCUCACAGCCCCCCAGAGCAGCGGUGCCUCUCCCUCACAGCUCCCCAGAGCAGCGGCGCCUCUCCCUCACAGCCCCCCAGAGCAGCGGCGCCUCUCCCUCACAGGCCCCUAGAGCAGCGGCGCCUCUCCCUCACAGCUCCCAGAGCAUCGGCGCCUCUCCCUCACAGCCCCCCAGAGCAGCGGCGCCUCUCCCUCAAAGCCCCCCAGAGCAAGCAGCGGCGCCUCUCCCUCACAGUCCCCCAGAGCAGCGGCGCCUCUCCCUCACAGCCCCCCAGAGCAGCGGCGCCUCUCCCUCACAGCUCCCAGAGCAUCGGCGCCUCUCCCUCACAGCCCCCCAGAGCAGCGGCGCCUCUCCCUCAAAGCCCCCCAGAGCAGUGGCGCCUCUCCCUCACAGCCCCCCAGAGCAGGGACGCCUCUCCCUCACAGCCCCCCAGAGCAUGGGCGCCUCUCCCUCACACCCCCCCAGAGCAGCGGCGCCUCUCCCUCACAGUCCCCCAGAGCAGCGGCGCCUCUCCCUCACAGCCCCCCAGAGCAGCGGCGCCUCUCCCUCACAGCCGCGCACAGCAGCGGCGCCUCUCCCUCACAGCCCACGAGAGCAGCGGCGCCUCUCCCUCACAGCCGCGCACAGCAGGGGCGCCUCUCCCUCACAGUCCCCCAGAGCAGGGGCGCCUCUCCCUCACACCCCCCCAGAGCAUCGGCGCCUCUCCCUCACAGCCCCCCAGAGCAGCGGCGCCUCUCUCAAAAGCCCCCAGAGCAGUGGCGCCUCUCCCUCACAGCCCCCCAGAGCGGGGACGCCUCUCCCUCACAUCUCCCCAGAGCAGGGGCGCCUCUCCCUCACACCCCCCCAGAGCAGCGGCGCCUCUCCCUCACAGUCCCCCAGAGCAGCGGCGCCUCUCCCUCACAGCCCCCCAGAGCAGCGGCGCCUCUCCCUCACAGCUCCCCAGAGCAGGGGCGCCUCUCCCUCACACCCUUCCAGAGCAGCGGCGCCUCUCCCUCACAGCCCCCCAGAGCAGCGGCGCCUCUCCCUCACAGCUCCCAGAGUAUCGGCGCCUCUCCCUCACAGCCCCCCAGAGCAGCGGCGCCUCUCCCUCACAGCUCCCCAGAGCAGGGGCGCCUCUCCCUCACACCCUUCCAGAGCAGCGGCGCCUCUCCCUCACACCCUUCCAGAGCAGCGGCGCCUCUCCCUCACAGCCCCCCAGAGCAGCGGCGCCUCUCCCUCACAGCCCCCCCGAACAGCGGCGCCUCUCCCUCACAUCCCCCCAGAGCAGCGGCGCCUCUCCCUCACAGCCCCCCAGAGCAGCGGUGCCUCUCCCUCACAGCUCCCCAGAGCAGCGGCGCCUCUCCCUCACAGCCCCCCAGAGCAGCGGCGCCUCUCCCUCACAGGCCGCUAGAGCAGCGGCGCCUCUCCCUCACAGCUCCCAGAGCAUCGGCGCCUCUCCCUCACAGCCCCCCAGAGCAGCGGCGCCUCUCCCUCACAGCUCCCCAGAGCAGCGGCGCCUCUCCCUCACAGUCCCCCAGAGCAGCGGCGCCUCUCCCUCACAGCCCCCCGGAGCAGCGGCGCCUCUCCCUCACAGCUCCCCAGAGCAGCGGCGCCUCUCCCUCACAGCCCCCCAGAACAGCGGCGCCUCUCCCUCACACCCCCCCAGAGCAGCGGCGCCUCUCCCUCACAGCCCCCCAGAGCAGCGGUGCCUCUCCCUCACAGCUCCCCAGAGCAGCGGCGCCUCUCCCUCACAGCCCCCCAGAGCAGCGGCGCCUCUCCCUCACAGGCCCCUAGAGCAGCGGCGCCUCUCCCUCACAGCUCCCAGAGCAUCGGCGCCUCUCCCUCACAGCCCCCCAGAGCAGCGGCGCCUCUCCCUCAAAGCCCCCCAGAGCAGUGGCGCCUCUCCCUCACAGCCCCCCAGAGCAGGGACGCCUCUCCCUCACAGCCCCCCAGAGCAGGGGCGCCUCUCCCUCACACCCCCCCAGAGCAGCGGCGCCUCUCCCUCACAGUCCCCCAGAGCAGCGGCGCCUCUCCCUCACAGCCCCCCAGAGCAGCGGCGCCUCUCCCUCACAGCCGCGCACAGCAGGGGCGCCUCUCCCUCACAGCCCACGAGAGCAGCGGCGCCUCUCCCUCACAGCCGCGCACAGCAGGGGCGCCUCUCCCUCACAGCCCCCCAGAGCAGUGGCGCCUCUCCCUCACAGUCCCCCAGAGCAGGGGCGCCUCUCCCUCACACCCCCCCAGAGCAUCGGCGCCUCUCCCUCACAGCCCCCCAGAGCAGCGGCGCCUCUCUCAAAAGCCCCCAGAGCAGUGGCGCCUCUCCCUCACAGCCCCCCAGAGCAGGGACGCCUCUCCCUCACAGCUCCCCAGAGCAGGGGCGCCUCUCCCUCACACCCCCCCAGAGCAGCGGCGCCUCUCCCUCACAGUCCCCCAGAGCAGCGGCGCCUCUCCCUCACAGCCCCCCAGAGCAGCGGCGCCUCUCCCUCACAGCUCCCCAGAGCAGCGGCGCCUUUCCCUCACAGCCCCCCAGAGCAGCGGCGCCUCUCCCUCACAGCCCCCCAGAACAGCUUCGCCUCUCCCUCACAGCUCCCCAGAGCAGGGGCGCCUCUCCCUCACACCCUUCCAGAGCAGCGGCGCCUCUCCCUCACAGCCCCCCAGAGCAGCGGCGCCUCUCCCUCACAGUCCCCCAGAGCAGCGGCGCCUCUCCCUCACAGCCCCCCAGAGCAGCGGCGCCUCUCCCUCACAGCUCCCCAGAGCAGCGGCGCCUCUCCCUCACAGCCCCCCAAAACAGCGGCGCCUCUCCCUCACACCCCCCCAGAGCAGCGGCGCCUCUCCCUCACAGCCCCCCAGAGCAGCGGCGCCUCUCCCUCACAGUCCCCCAGAGCAGCGGCGCCUCUCCCUCACAGCCCCCCAGAGCAGCGGCGCCUCUCCCUCACAGCCCCCCAGAGCAGGGACGCCUCUCCCUCACAGCCCCCCAGAGCAGGGGCGCCUCUCCCUCACACCCCCCCAGAGCAGCGGCGCCUCUCCCUCACAGUCCCCCAGAGCAUCGGCGCCUCUCCCUCACAGCCCCCCAGAGCAGCGGCGCCUCUCCCUCAAAGCCCCCCAGAGCAGUGGCGCCUCUCCCUCACAGCCCCCCAGAGCAGGGACGCCUCUCCCUCACAGCCCCCCAGAGCAGGGGCGCCUCUCCCUCACACCCCCCCAGAGCAGCGGCGCCUCUCCCUCACAGUCCCCCAGAGCAGCGGCGCCUCUCCCUCACAGCCCCCCAGAGCAGCGGCGCCUCUCCCUCACAGCCGCGCACAGCAGGGGCGCCUCUCCCUCACAGCCCCGAGAGCAGUGGCGCCUCUCCCUCACAGCCGCGCACAGCAGGGGCGCCUCUCCCUCACAGCCCCCCAGAGCACCCCCCAGAGCAGCGGCGCCUCUCUCAAAAGCCCCCAGAGCAGUGGCGCCUCUCCCUCACAGCCCCCCAGAGCAGGGACGCCUCUCCCUCACAGCUCCCCAGAGCAGGGGCGCCUCUCCCUCACACCCCCCCAGAGCAGCGGCGCCUCUCCCUCACAGUCCCCCAGAGCAGCGGCGCCUCUCCCUCACAGCCUCCCAGAGCAGCGGCGCCUCUCCCUCACAGCCCCCCAGAGCAGCGGCGCCUCUCCCUCACAGCUCCCCAGAGCAGCGGCGCCUCUCCCUCACAGCCCCCCAGAGCAGCGGCGCCUCUCCCUCACAGCCCUCCAGAACAGCGGCGCCUCUCCCUCACAGCCCCCAAGAGCAGCGGCGCCUCUCCCUCACAGCUCCGCAGAGCAGGGGCGCCUCUCCCUCAUACCCCCCCAGAGCAGUGGCGCCUCUCCUUCACAGGCCCCCAGAGCAGCGGCGCCUCUCCUUCACAGCUCCCAGAGUAUCGGCGGCUCUCCCUCACAGCCCCCCAGAGCAGCGGCGCCUCUCCCUCAAAGCCCCCCAGAGCAGUGGUGCCUCUCCCUCUCAGCCCCCCAGAGCAGGGACGCCUCUCCCUCACAGCCCCCCAGAGCAGGGGCGCCUCUCCCUCACACCCCCCCAGAGCAGCGGCGCCUCUCCCUCACAGCCCCCAGAGCAGCGGCGCCUCUCCCUCACAGCCCCCUAGAGCAGUGGCGCCUCUCCCUCACAGCCCCCCAGAGCAGCGGCGCCUCUCCCUCACAGCCCCCCAGAGCAGCGGCGCCUCUCCCUCACAGCCGCGCACAGCAGGGGUGCCUCUCCCUCACAGCUCCCAGAGCAGCGGCGCCUCUCCCUCACAGCUCCCAGAGCAUCGGCGCCUCUCCCUCACAGCCCCCCAGAGCAGCGGCGCCUCUCCCUCACAGUCGCCCAGAGCAGCGGCGCCUCUCCCUCACAGCCCCCUAGAGCAGCGGCGCCUCUCCCUCACAGCCCCCCAGAGCAGCGGCGCCUCUCCCUCACAGGUCCCCAGAGCAGCGGCGCCUUUCCCUCACAGCCGCGCACAGCAGGGGAGCCUUUCCCUCACAGCCCACGAGAGCAGCGGCGCCUCUCCCUCACAGCCGCGCACAGCAGGGGCGCCUCUCCCUCACAGCCCACGAGAGCAGCGGCGCCUCUCCCUCACAGCCCCCCAGAGCAGCGGCGCCUCCUCCUCACAGCCGCCCAGAGCAGGGGCGCCUCUCCUUCACACCCCCCCAGAGCAGUGGCGCCUCUCCCUCACAGCCCCCCAGAGCAACGGCGCCUCUCCCUCACAGCCCCCCAGAGCAGCGGCGCCUCUCACUCACAGGUCCGCAGAGCAGCGGCGCCUUUCCCUCACAGCCGCGCACAGCAGGGGCGCCUCUCCCUCACAGCCCACAAGAGCAGCGGCGCCUCUCCCUCACAGCCGCGCACAGCAGGGGCGCCUCUCCCUCACAGCCCCCCAGAGCAGCGGCGCCUCUCCCUCACAGGUCCCCAGAGCAGCGGCGCCUUUCCCUCACAGCCGCGCACAGCAGGGGCGCCUCUCCCUCACAGCCCACGAGAGCAGCGACGCCUCUCCCUCACAGCCCCCCAGAGCAGCGGCGCCUCCUCCUCACAGCCGCCCAGAGCAGCGGCGCCUCUCCUUCACACCCCCCCAGACCAGAGCAGUGGCGCCUCUCCCUCAGAGCCCCCCAGAGCAACCGCGCCUCUCCCUCACAGCCCCCCAGAGCAGCGGCGCCUCUCCCUCACAGCCGCCCAGAGCAGCGGCGCCUCUCCCUCACAGCCCCCCAGAGCAGGGGCGCCUCUCCCUCACACCCCCCCAGAGCAGCGGCGCCUCUCCCUCACAGCUCCCCAGAGCAGCGGCGCCUCUCCCUCACAGGCCCCCAGAGCAGGGGCGCCUCUCCCUCACACCCCCCCAGAGCAACGGCGCCUCUCCCUCACAGCCGCGCACAGCAGGGGCGCCUCUCCCUCACAGCCCACGAGAGCAGCGGCGCCUCUCCCUCACAGGUCCCCAGGGCAGCGGCGCCUCUCCCUCACAGCCGCGCACAGCAGGGGCGCCUCUCCCUCACAGCCCCCCAGAGCAGCGGCGCCUCUCCCUCACAGCCCCCCAGAGCAGGGGCGCCUCUCCCUCACAACCCCCCAGAGCAGCGGCGCCUCUCCCUCACAGUCCCCCAGAGCAGCGGCGCCUCCUCCUCACAGCCCCCCAGAGCAGGGGCGCCUCUCCUUCACACCCCCCCAAAGCAGUGGCGCCUCUCCCUCACAGCUCCCCAGAGCAGCGGCGCCUCUCCCUCACAGCCGCCCAGAGCAGCGGCGCCUCUCCCUCACAGGUCCCCAGGGCAGCGGCGCCUCUCCCUCACAGCCGCGCACAGCAGGGGCGCCUCUCCCUCACAGCCCACGAGAGCAGCGGCGCCUCUCCCUCACAGCCGCGCACAGCAGGGGCGCCUCUCCCUCACAGCCCACGAGAGCAGCGGCGCCUCUCCCUCACAGCCCCCCAGAGCAGGGGCGCCUCUCCCUCACAACCCCCCAGAGCAGCGGCGCCUCUCCCUCACAGUCCCCCAGAGCAGCGGCGCCUCCUCCUCACAGCCCCCCAGAGCAGGGGCGCCUCUCCUUCACACCCCCCCAAAGCAGUGGCGCCUCUCCCUCACAGCUCCCCAGAGCAGCGGCGCCUCUCCCUCACAGCCGCCCAGAGCAGCGGCGCCUUUCGCUCACAGCCUCCCAGAGCAGCGGCUCCUCUCCCUCACAGCCCACCAGAGCAGGGGCGCCUCUCCCUCAUAGCCCCCCAGAGCAGCGGCGCCUCUCCCUCACAGCCCCCCAGAGCAGGGGCGCCUCUCCCUCACAACCCCCCAGAGCAGCGAGCAGCGGCGCCUCUCCCUCACAGCCUCCCAGAGCAGCGGCUCCUCUCCCUCACAGGCCACCAGAGCAGGGGCGCCUCUCCCUCACAGCCCCCCAGAGCAGGGGCGCCUCUCCCUCACAGCCCCCCAGAGCAGCGGCGCCUCUCCCUCACAGCCCACCAGAGCAGGGACGCCUCUCCUUCACAGCCCCCCAGAGCAGCGGCGCCCCGCCCUCUCAACAGGGGGAGUGCACCCGCUCUGGAGCAGCGGCGCCUCUCCCUCACAGCCCCCCAGAGCAUCAACAUCAGCAUCAGCAUCAGCAUCAGAAUCAGCAUCAGCAUCAGCAUCAGAAUCAGCAUCAGCAUCCGAAUCCGCACCAGCAUCAGCAUCAGGAUCGGCAUCAGCAUCAGAAUCGGCAUCAGAAUCAGCAUCAGCGCAUCAGCAUCAGCAUCAGCAUCAGCAUCACCAUCAGCAUCAGCAUCAGCAUCAGAAUCAGCAUCAGCAUCAGCAUCAGAAUCAGCAUCAGCAUCAGCAUCAGCAUCACCAUCAGCAUCAGCAUCAGCAUCAGCAUCAGCAUCAACAUCAAUCGGAAUCAGCAUCAGAAUCAGCAUCAGCAUCAGCAUCAGCGUCAGCUUCAGCGUCAGCAUCAGUGUCAGCAUCAGCAUCAGCGUCAGCAUCAGAAUCGGCAUCAGCAUCAAUAUCAGCAUCAGCAUCAGAAUCAACAUCCGAAUCAGCAUCAGCAUCAGAAUCAGCAUCAGAAUCAGCAUCAGAAUCAGCAUCAGAAUCAGCAUCAGCAUCAGCAUCAGAAUCAGCAUCAGAAUCAGCAUCAGCAUCAGCAUCAGCAUCAGCAUCAGCAUCAGCAUCAGCAUCUGCAUCAGCAUCAGCAUCAGCAUCAUCAUCAGCAUCAGCAUCAGCAUCAGCAUCAUCAGCAUCAGCAUCAGCAUCAGCAUCAGCGCAUCAGCAUCAGCAUCAGCGCAUCAGCAUCAGCGCAUCAGCAUCAGCAUCAGCGCAUCAGCAUCAGCAUCAGCGCAUCAGCAUCAGCAUCAGCGCAUCAGCAUCAGCAUCAGCGCAUCAGCAUCAGCAUCAGCAUCAGCGCAUCAGCAUCAGCAUCAGCGCAUCAGCAUCAGCAUCAGCCCCCCAGAGCAGGGGCGCCUCUCCCUCACAGCCUCCCAGUCAGUGAGCUCCACCGAUCUUCAGACGACUAGCGGGAAGAAGGGAGGAAAGGCGUCGUCUUUUUUCGGAGCAUCCGUGGCAGUGCAUGCAAGGUCUAGGUUUCUCUCCGGUGCUGCUGUCUGCAGACGUGUGGCCGUUCGUGAUACGACCAAUGUCGCAAGCUGUCGCUUUAACUUGUCGCGUGCGACUGCUGUGUACUCGACGACAAAUGUUGCGACGGAUGGCGUCGAGAAGGCCUACGAGGUGGCGGACGCGGAGGAGCUCCUCAAGGAGCACGGAGCGUGCGGUGUCGGCCUGAUCGCAUCGCUAAAGAACGAGUCCACGCAUAAGAUUAUCGAGCAGGGUCUGACGGCGCUGGGGUGCAUGGAGCAUCGCGGCGGGUGCAGCGCCGACAACGACUCGGGCGACGGCGCGGGGCUCAUGACGGCCGUGCCUUGGGAUCUCCUCGACAGCUGGCAGCAGGAGAACGGUCGCGGCCCGCUCGACCGCGCCGCGACGGGCGUGGGCAUGGUGUUCCUGCCGAAGAAGGAAAGCGACGCCGAGACCGCCAAGAAACUGGUGGAGGCGGUGAUCAAGGAGGAGGGGCACGGGCUGGAGGUGGUGGGGUGGCGCCAGGUGCCAGUGAACGAGGCCGUGGUGGGCCCCUUCGCGCGCGUCACUCUGCCCGCCAUCCAGCAGCUCGUGCUCUCCGUGCCUGGCCUCGCUCCCGACGACACGGAGCGCGAGCUCUACAUCCUGCGCAAGCUCAUUGAGAAGGCGGUCGCGCGCACCAUCGCAGCAGAGGCAGCAGCCGCGGGGGUGCCAGCCACAGAGCACCCCCUGAACGAUUUGUACUUCUGCUCGCUGUCCAGCAAGACGAUUAUCUACAAGGGGAUGCUGCGCGCGGCGGUGGUGGGGGCGUUUUACGCGGACCUGAAGAACGAGCUGUUCCGCAGCCCGUUUGCGAUCUACCACCGGCGGUUCAGCACCAACACGACGCCCAAGUGGCUGCUGGCGCAGCCCAUGCGGUUCCUGGGUCACAACGGCGAGAUCAACACGCUGCAGGGCAACCUCAACUGGAUGGUGUCGCGUGAGCCCACGCUCACGUCCCCCGUGUGGCGUGGCCGCGAGGCGGAUAUCUUCCCCGUGGUUAACCUCGCUGCGUCUGACUCGGCUAAUCUGGACGGUGUUGCUGAGCUGUUGUUGAACAGUGGCAGGAGGCCAGAGGAGGUGCUGAUGAUGCUCGUGCCUGAGGCCUACCAGAACCACCCCACGCUCUCCGCCAAGUACCCCGAGGUGGUGAGCUUCUACGAGUACUACAAGUCGCAGAUGGAGGCGUGGGAUGGACCCGCCCUGCUCGUCUUCAGCAAUGGGAGGACAGUGGGAGCGUGUCUGGAUCGCAACGGGCUGCGCCCAGCACGGUACUGGAGGACCAACGAUGACAUGCUCUACGUUGCCUCUGAGGUGGGAGUGUUGAACAUGGACGAGGCGAGCAUUGUGAGCAAGGGCCGCCUGGGGCCGGGCAUGAUGAUCUCCGUUGACCUGCACACGGGCGAGGUGCUGUCUAACACGGCCAUCAAGAGGCAGGUGGCGAACGCACACCCCUUUAAGGAGUGGCUCGAUAAGGAGUCGCGGAAGAUUGUCCCCAUGCCGUUCACCGCUGAGCCAGCCCUCUCUCCCGACGAAGUGCUCCGCAGGCAAAAUGCGUACGGGUAUUCGAGUGAGGACGUGGUGAUGGUGAUAGAGAGCAUGGCAGCGCAGGCCAUAGAACCCACCUUCUGCAUGGGCGACGACACGCCCCUCCCCGUGCUGUCUGCGCGCCCCCACCUCCUCUACAACUACUUCAAGCAGCGCUUCGCCCAGGUGACGAACCCGGCCAUCGACCCGUUGAGGGAGGGCCUGGUGAUGUCACUGGAGAUGGCGCUGGGGCGGCGAGACAACAUCCUUGACGUCGGCGCUGAGCAUGCCAACGUGGUGCGACUGACCUCGCCAGUGCUGAACGAGGCGGAGCUGCAGGAGCUGAUGGAAGACAAGCAGCUCGCAGCAGCGCGCCUGCCCAUCUUCUUCGACGUCUCCCAGGGCGUAGAGGGCGCCCUCUCCCGUGGCCUCGACGCCCUCUGUGCUGCUGCUGACGCUGCCGUUGACUCCGGAGCGCAGCUGCUAGUGCUGUCGGACAACGCCGACCAGCUCGACGCCACCCGGCCGGCGAUCCCGGCGUUAUUGGCAAUCGGUGCGGUGCACCAUCAUCUGAUCCGCAGUGGGAAGCGCCUGAAUGCGUCGAUAGUGGUGGAGACGGCGCAGUGCUUCAGCACGCACCACUUUGCGUGCCUGGUGGGGUAUGGCGCCAGUGCUGUUUGUGCGUAUGGGGCACUGGAGACGGUGCGGCAGUGGCGCGCGAGUGAAAAGACGCAGAAGCUCAUGACGUUUGGCAAGCUGCCCACUGUCACCUCGGAGCAGGCGCAGCUCAACUACCGCAAGGCAAUCGAGAAGGGGCUGAUGAAGAUUCUGUCCAAGAUGGGCAUCUCGCUGCUGUCCAGCUACUGUGGGGCGCAGAUCUUUGAGAUCUACGGGCUCGGCGCCCAGGUCGUGGACCGCGCCUUCAAGGGCUCCGUCUCCCGUAUUGGGGGGCUCACCCUGGACGAGCUUGCGAACGAGAGUCUGACGUUCUGGGCCAAGGGGUUUGGCGCGGAGGGCAAGGGGAAGCUGGAGAACAUGGGGUUCCUGCAGGUGAGGCAGGGCGGCGAGUACCACAGUAACAACCCCGAGAUGAGCAAGCUGCUGCACAAGGCCGUGCGCCAGGGGGAACAAACCGCCUACGCCGCCUACCAGGCGCACCUCGCCACGCGCCCCGUCAACGUCCUGCGUGACUUGCUAGAGCUGGAUAGUGCGAGCCGUGCAGCGAUUCCUCUGGAGGAGGUGGAGUCGGCGGCGUCGAUUGCCACGAGAUUUUGCACGGGAGGCAUGUCGCUGGGUGCCAUUUCCAGGGAGUGCCACGAGGUGAUCGCCGUCGCCAUGAACCGGCUGGGCGGGAAGAGCAACUCCGGGGAGGGCGGAGAGGACCCCAUGCGCUGGGUGGAGCUGGAGGAUGUGGAUGCAGACGGGCGCUCGCCCACGUUUCCCCAUCUCAAGGGGUUGAGGAAUGGUGACAAGGCGACGAGUGCGAUCAAGCAGGUGGCGUCGGGGCGGUUUGGAGUGACGCCGACGUUCCUGGCGAAUGCGGAUCAGCUGGAGAUUAAGGUGGCGCAGGGGGCGAAGCCGGGGGAGGGCGGGCAGCUGCCGGGGAAGAAGGUGUCGCCGUACAUUGCGCAGCUCAGGAGCUCCAAGCCGGGCGUGCCGCUCAUCUCACCGCCGCCCCACCAUGACAUCUACUCCAUUGAAGACCUCGCCCAGCUCAUCUUUGACCUCCACCAGGUGAACCCAGCGGCCAAGGUGUCAGUGAAGCUGGUGGCGGAGGCGGGCAUCGGAACAGUGGCGAGCGGCGUGGCCAAGGCGAAUGCGGACAUCAUUCAGAUCUCGGGGCAUGACGGGGGCACGGGCGCCAGCCCCAUCAGCUCCAUCAAGCACGCCGGCGGGCCCUGGGAGAUGGGACUCACUGAGACGCACCAGACGCUGGUGGCCAACGGGCUGAGGGACCGCGUGGUUGUGAGGGUGGACGGGGGCAUCAAGUGCGGCACGGACGUGCUCGUCGCCGCCGCCAUGGGCGCCGAUGAGUUUGGCUUCGGGUCGCUGGCCAUGAUCGCCACAGGGUGCAUCAUGGCGCGCAUCUGCCACACCAACAACUGCCCCGUGGGGGUCGCCUCUCAGAGGGAGGAGCUGAGGGCGCGCUUCCCAGGGGUGCCAUCAGACCUGGUCAACUACUUUGUCUUCGUUGCAGAGGAGGUGCGGGUUGGGCUGGCGUCGCUGGGCAUGAGGAGUUUGGACGAGCUGGUGGGGCGAGUGGACGCACUCAAGGCCAGGGACGUGUUACUCACUAAGACCAACUCCAUCGACCUCUCCUACCUCCUCACUUACCCCGGGGUGUCAUCAGCGAGCAGCAGUGAGCGCAUGGCACAGGAGGUGCACUCCAAUGGACCCAUGUUGGACGACGCGCUCCUCGCCAACCCCACCGUGAUGGCGGCCAUAGAGCAGAACAAGGUGGUGCAGCUCGCCACGCCCAUCGUCAACACGGACCGCUCCACGUGUGGCCGUGUGGCGGGUGCCAUUGCCAAGCGCCAUGGGGACUCGGGCUUCACAGGCGCCGUCAAGAUCACGUUCAAGGGCAGCGCAGGGCAGUCGUUUGGGUGCUUCCUGGCCGGCGGCAUGAACGUUCGGCUCAUUGGGGAGGCCAACGACUAUGUGGGCAAGGGCAUGGCAGGGGGGCAGAUUGUGGUGGUGCCAUCCAAGGCAGCGACCUUCAAGGCCGAGACAGCCACCAUCAUCGGCAACACGUGCCUCUACGGUGCCACGGGCGGGCGGCUGUUUGUGCGCGGGUGUGCGGGGGAGCGCUUUGCGGUGCGCAACUCCAACGCGCAGGCCGUGCUGGAGGGCGCGGGCGACCACUGCUGCGAGUACAUGACUGGCGGCGUUGUCGUGGCGCUUGGCAAGGUGGGGCGCAACGUGGCAGCAGGCAUGACGGGAGGCAUCGGCUACUUCCUUGAUGAGGACGACACCUUCUCCCCCAAGGUGAACCGGGAGAUUGUGGCGAUGCAGAGAGUGGUGUCUCCAGGGGGCCAGGAGCAGCUCAAGUCACUCAUCCAGGACCAUGCGGAUCUGACGGGCAGUGCCAAGGCGAUUGCCAUCCUGGUGGAGUGGGACAAGUUCCUGCCGCUCUUCUGGCAGCUCGUGCCGCCCAGCGAAGCCAACUCGCCAGAAGCCAAGGCGCCUGCUGCUGAGGAGCCUAACCAGUUCGUGCCGGGCCAUCUCGUGGCGCUGCUGCAGAUGGUCGUCCGUGCUGACGUGGACCUCGCGAUCCGCCAGGUGGCGGCCAUUCACUUCAAGAACACCGUGUCGCGCAACUGGAGAACCAAAUCCGACGCUACCGAGGCCGCCGCUGCAGGCUCGCCGCUGUUCUCUGAAGGUGACGUGGCGGCGGUGCGGGACAACCUCGUUGAGGCCGUCAUCUGCUGCCCGCCGCUCAUCAGGUCGCAGCUGAUCGAGGUGCUCAAGGCGGUGGUGCAGAGCGACUAUCCGGAGCGCAUGCCGGCGCUGCUGCAGCAGGCACUCGCCAACCUGCACAGCCCCGACCAGCCGCGCGUCUACGGCGCGCUCGUCGUCGUGCGCGUGCUUGCGCGCAAAUACGAGUUCAAGGACGAGGAGGACCGCGUGCCAGUGCACGAGGUGGUAACCAGCACGUUUCCGCAGCUGCUGGUGAUUCUGCAGCAGCUGCUGGCUGUGCCCAACCCGUCCCUCGAGAUUGCCGAGUACAUCAAGCUCGUGCUCAAGAUCUUCUGGUCCGCCUGCUACUUGAAGGUACCGGAGAUGGUGCGACAGGAGGCGGUGUUCCUGGCGUGGAUGGAGUGCUUCCACGCGCUGCUUGAGCGACCUGUGCCCACGGAGGGGCAGCCGACGGACCCCGAGCAGCGCAAGCAGUGGGCGUGGUGGAAGGUGAAGAAGUGGCUGCUGCACAUCAUCAACCGCAUGUUCCACAGGUUUGGCAAUCCCAAGUACGCCAAGGGCGACGACAAGGCGUUCGCCACCAUGUUUGCGGACAAGUGUGCUGGGCGGCUGCUGAACUCGUACCUGCACCUGCUGGCACCCGUGCGCACCGACCCCAACAGCCUGCCCGACCGCAUCACCAACCUCGCCAUGCAAUACGUCACCUACAGUCUAUCAAAGAAGGCGCUGUACGAGUCACUGAAGCCGCACCUGCAGGUGCUGCAGUUCGAGGUGGCGUUCCCGCUGCUGUGCUUCAACGACCAGGACGCGCUGCUCUGGGCUGAUAACCCCCUCGAAUACGUCCGCAAGGGCUAUGACAUCAUAGAGGACAUGUACAGUGCGCGCACGGCAGCACUCAACUUCCUGGCGGAGCUGGUGACGAAGCGCAGCAAGGACACGCUGGACCCCUUCAUCGCUGCUCUCGUCCUCAUCCUCAACCGGUACAACGAGGCGGCAGUGGAUCAGAAGGCGGUGCAGGCGAGGCAGAAGGACGGGGCGCUGCUGGCGAUAGGAGCGCUGCAUGAGAAGCUGCAGGGCACGGCGCGGUACAAGGCGCAGCUGGAGCACAUGCUGCUCACCCACGUCUUCCCCGAAUUGACCAGCCCCUUCGCCUUCCUCCGCGCCAAGGCGGCGUGGGUGGCGGGGCAGUACGCGGACAUCCCUUUCAGCAACCCGGCUCACUUCGGGGGGGCACUGCAGGCGGUGGUGGGGCUGCUGCGCGACCCUGAGCUGCCCGUGCGCGUGGACGCCGUCGUUGCCCUGCGCUCAUUCGUGGACGCUUGUGAUGACCUGGACCAGCUGCGCCCCAUUAUUCCCAACCUGCUUGAUGACUUUUUCAAGCUGAUGCACGAGGUGGAGAACGAGGACCUGGUGUUCACAUUGGAGGUCAUCGUGGAGAAGUUUGGCGAGGAGAUGUCGCCCUUCGCCGUCGGCCUCAUCCACAACCUCGCUGCAGCCUUCUGGAAGUGUGUGCGGUCAUCAGAGGCAGCAGAGGGCGGGGAGAGCGAGGAGGCGGUGGAUGACAUGAGCGCGCUGGCAGCAGCGGGGUGUCUGCGCGCCAUGGGCACGGUGCUCGAGUCCAUCUCCUCCCUGCCCCACCUCUUCCCACAGCUCGAGCCCACGCUGCUGCCCAUCCUGCACAAGAUGCUCACCUCUGACGGCCAAGACCUGUACGAGGAGGUGUUGGAGAUCGCCACAUACAUGACGUACUACAGCCCCACCAUCUCGCCCGCCCUCUGGUCCAUCUGGCCGCUCAUCCUCUCCUCCCUCAAUGAAUUCGCCAUCGACUUCUUCGAAUACGCGCUGGACCCAUUGGACAACUUCAUCUCGCGCGGCACGGAGCACUUCCUCACGUGCCCGGACCCCAACUACCCUGACUCGCUCUGGAAGCUGCUCUCCAAGUUGUUGAGCGACGACGACAUUAGCGACCGUGACUUGGUACCAGCACCGAAGCUGAUGGAGGUGGUGCUGCUCAAUUGCCGGGGGCGUGUGGACGCGUGGCUGCCGCUCUACCUGCAGCUGGCCCUCACUCGCCUCAACAAGGCCUCCCUGCGCCACCUCAAGGACCUCCUCAUGCAGGUGGUGGCGAACGGGCUGUACUACAACGCGCAGCUCACGCUGCAAGCGCUGGAGGGCAUGGGGGCGACGGCAGGCGUGUUCCAGACGUGGCUCACCAUGCUGCAGGCGAAGAGCCAGACCACCAGCAAGCGCCUCCACUUCAAGAGGCAGCACGACAAGAAGGUGUGCAUUCUGGGGCUCGUGUCGCUGCUGUCACUGCCCACGGCUGCGCUGCCAGCAUCGGUGGCACCGCUGCAGGGCGAAUUCGCCAAGGCCGUGCUGCAGCUGCUGGUGGCGUUCAAAGAGCAGCAGGAGGCGGCGGAGUUGGAAUCAGAGGACGAGGAUGAGGACGAGGAGGGCGAGGAUAUGGGCGAUGGGGGGGAGGAGGAUGAGGAGGAGGAGGAAGAGGAGGAGGAAGAGGAGGAGUCGUCAGAGCUGAAGAAGGCCAUCAAGAAGGCGCACAAGAUGUUGGAUGGGGACGACGAGGAGGACGAGGACGAUGAGGGCUUCUGGUCGGACGAGGAUGAGAUGCUCACACCCAUUGAUGACGUCGACCCCUUCAUCCACUUCUCCGACAUCAUGGCUGGAGUGCAAGCAUCGGACCCGGAGCGGUUCAGCAGUCUGAUGGGCUCUUUGGACUUCGCCCACCAGGCCAUGGCGCACACAGUGGCGCAGGUGGCGCAGCAGCAGCGCGACAACAAGGCCAAGGAGGCUGCAGAGAAGGCCGCAGCGGGCGCUGCUGCCACAUAG